AUGAUCUUUUUCUACCUUCCGGCUUUAUUUUUAUUUCGUCAUCAGAUCUCAGCAAUUCCAAUUCCCAACGGUUUAUUAGGCCGAGUUUUCGUUUUGGGUCAUUCUCAAGACAAAGAGUGCGUUUCUCGAGAAAUCGGAAGACGGACUACCUCGAUUACGGUGCCACGUGACAAAUGUGGAGUUGAGACUGUUCAGCAUGGAAAGGGAGCUGGGUACACUUCUUCUGUCAAUAUUGUCAUUUCUUUCCAUGACAAGUUUUUGACAAAAGUUGACAGAGCAUACAACAUCACUUGUCUCUUUGCCCCCACCGGAGAUGUUGUUUCAUAUGCACUGACUGUUCAACCAUCACUUCUAAAAGAUAUCCAAGUUCUUGCUGAUCAGCCAAACUGUGAAUAUGAAGUAUUCGAUGUGAGAACUCGACGACCAGCAGAAGUUGUUCAUGUGAAUGCACCAUUGGAACAUGUUUGGACUUGUGAUGGAGCUAAUCUCGAUCUCUUCUGUAUGCGAGUCCAUGAUUGUGUUAUAAACGAAGGAAAAAGCAAACGCCGUUCAAGAAUUAUUGAUUCAGAAGGAUGCUCUCUUGAUACUUCACGCCUUCCACAACUUCGAUAUGACAACAAUAAGCUGUCGGCUCGGGUUAUGUCGAAGGCAUUCCGUUUUGGAGAUGAUGUAGCAGUCGAGUUCGAAUGCAACGUACGAUUGGACCUUCGAAAUGGAACAUCCUGUCCAAGGCCAAGAUGCUAA